AUGGCUUGCGGAUGCGAACGACGUAUUGCCCGCAGAAAGUAUCAAAACUGUACUGCUACCCCAAAGCAUGAAAAAGAAGAGAUUGCAAUGGUCCAGUGCCCCCAGCCCGGUGGUAGCAACUGCACGGGAUACAAGGAUGUAUACUUGGCAACCUCGGUUGUCAGGGUUCCGGGCCAUAUAUGCCCAAAGUGUUAG